AUGAUUAAGAAGUGGUUUACAGAGUUCCGUUGUGGUCGUACCAGCACUAGUGAUGCUGAACGUUCAAGUCACCCAGAGAGCGAGAGCCGCUGUGUGUCAAGGUCAGGGGGUGAGGCGGGGGUGGUCCCACAUGCGCCACGACGCCGGGCAGAGCCGGUGCAGUGCCGUCGCGACGCUCAGUCAGUGAUGGUGGCACCGUACCUCGCAGUGGUGGGUCUGGCCAUCGCGUGCUACUCCAACUCCCUGUACGGCGAGUUCGUGCACGACGAUGUUGUGGCAGUCUCUCGUAACCCGGACGUACUCGGCAGCUCCGGCCUGGGACAACUGCUGGCCAACGACUUCUGGGGCACCGCGCUCAGCGACCCUCGUAGUCACAAGUCCUACCGACCCCUCACCACGCUGUCUUUCAGACUAAACCACUGGAUGGGAGGCAUGCAGCCUGUGUGGUUCCAUGGCGUCAACACCGUGCUUCACGCCACCUGCUGUGUGCUGCUCACCAGGGUGGCGCUGGUGGUGGCCAGCCUGGACACCAGGUUUGCCACCUUAGCCGGCAUGCUGUUCGCCGCUCAUCCUAUCCAUACAGAGGCGGUUGCCGGUGUAGUGGGCCGAGCGGAUGUCUUAGCCUGUCUUCUGUUUCUACUGUCGUUCCUAACGUACCACGAUGAAGGUUGGCGGCUGACCAAAGGCAGCAGGUUAUUGUGCAGUUGUUUACUUGCCGCACUCUCCAUGCUGGCCAAGGAGACCGGCAUCACCGUGCUGAUAGUGAACCUCUUGUACGACCUCUACAAGAACUGGCCGCACGUCAAAAGAGUGAUAGUAGAAGUUCGCUGGAACGAAGAAAGUCUGCAAUUUGCCAGAAGAACUGCAAAGAUACUCAUGGCGACCAGCAUGCUCCUGGCGUUCCGCCUUGCGAUGCUGCAGGGAUCGUUGCCCAAGUUCUCCAGUCAGGACAACCCGGCAGCCUUCCAUCCUUGUCCUCACGUCCGCCUGCUAACGUUCUGCUACCUUGCGGCGUUCAACUGGUGGCUGUUGCUGUGCCCUUCUACGCUGAGUCACGACUGGCAGAUGGGGUCCAUCCCACUGGUCACCUCCUUAGCUGACUGUCGUAACCUCACCACUGCACUCUUCGUCACCUGCUGUCUGGUGCUUGCGUACCGCUGUGCUGCUGAGUUCGAGGUAUGUAAGUCAUCACCAGACAAAGAAACUAACACCACUGCACUCUUCGUCACCUGCUGUCUGGUGCUUGCGUACCGCUGUGCUGCUGAGUUCGAGCUGCAGCGUCAGGCGCCCCUGGUCCUGGGUUCUCUCCUGCUAGCAGUGCCGUUCUUGCCUGCCACCAACAUUAUCUUCACUGUCGGGUUUGUCGUAGCCGAGAGAGUUCUCUAUAUUCCCAGCUUGGGAGCUGUAUUGCUGGUGGCCUAUGGAGCUCAGAUACUUCACAAGUCCAGCUGCUGGACCCCACGAAGUCGCUCCGCCAUCCUGACAUGUCUCCUCCUGAUACUCGCCUCCUUCUCAUUUAAGACUUUGGACAGGAAUAGGGACUGGUCAACACGAGAAGCACUUAUUCGAGCGGGAAUAAAAACGCUUCCUCACAACGCCAAGAUGCACUACAACCUGGCCAACUAUCUGAGGGACACCAACAGUGCAGACUUGGCCAUCACACACUACAGGGAGGCGCUUAGGUUGUGGCCCGGGUACGCGAGUGCACACAACAAUCUCGGCACACUGAUGAGCUCAGCAAGUGAGGCAGAGGCACACUUCCGGUCCGCCAUCACGAUCUCGCCAUCACACGUCAACGCCCACUACAAUCUGGGCCAAGUGUACAGGAAGAUGAACCGGACACUGGAGGCCGUGACUAUGCUGGAGCGAUGUCUACGUCUGGAUACAUCCUAUACUCCAGCAUACCUUGUCCUGGCCAAGCUGCACUCUCCGCCAGUGGCAGCGAGGCUCCUGUAUCACGUGACCCGGCUACUACCGAACUCUCCAGACUAUCAGGCGUACUUCGCUUCCUGGUUACAUGACAGAGGUGUUACAAGGUUGGCACUGAAGUUCUACCUUAGAGCGCUCGGACUACAGAACGACCACCUAGCCUCCACGCUGGGCGUAGCGAGAUGUCUGAGGGCACAAGGACAGAUAGCCAGGCUCCACCAGUUCCUUAUAAGGUGGUACCUGAUGCACCGCGGACACAGCGGGAGAGGCCGACUUGUCUACGUUGCCGAACUCUAUGUGCGGACUCUGGACCUCUACAAACCCAGCCAGUCUACCUACAGCCACCCUCCUACCGUUGAAUGCGGUACAAGAGACACAAACAGAUCUCGCUGGUGGCGCAGCGUAGGUAUGAUCAACCAUACCAAGAACUCCUGCCGAAACCAGAAAGCAAACCAAAACGAACAGGAGGCUUACAUGGAAGGUGACGCCCAACGUCUAGACCCAUCCAGAAUAUGUUUGGAUCAGACAGGCCAGUCUACGCGACCUUGCAGCUAGUCUGUAACCCCUGCCUAACCGUAUCUGAGCUUAUUUUAUACGAAAUUCGGUUCAAGUGCACUGUAGUAAAGUUACUUACGUUUUUCACAUAAAAAUAUCGUUUAUAAAAGAAUGCAUUUUUCAUUGGCAUCAUUUUCGUAAAGAAUGUUUGUAUUUGGAAUACAAAAUCUAAUAUCAUAAAUGUAUCAAUUGUCAAAUUAUGGUUUAGUUCUUUUCUAUUUUAUAAAAGCUCUAGUAUCAGUAAUAAAAUUGUGCGUUCUUAGAAAAAUAGUCUUAAAAUCAUUUAACAAAAUUGCCAUCUGAUAUUUCAUUAAAAUAUAUAAUUAUGUUCUUCUAAUAAUACAUAAGGCGUUACAUAAAAAAUAUUUCACUUUAUUAUUUACAUUUUAUUACACAAUUAACAUUAUAUUAUAAAUCAUAAAAUGUUUAAAAUAUACAAAACGAAUUCAACUUUUACAACGCCUCACGCACUAACUAUUUUUAGUUCUCUUAAAAGUACACAC